GAAGACAACAGGAACAAAUAAACGUGCUCUUAAGUUUGACUCCCAAAGUCAAUUUGUCUGUUUCUACUUUCACAAAACCAGAUCGUCGAGAUGUCGGAAGAGAAAGUCGUCGCCGUGAUCAUGGUCGGAGGACCGACCAAAGGAACACGUUUUCGCCCAUUAUCGUUCAAUACGCCGAAGCCGCUGAUCCCUUUGGCUGGCCAGCCAAUGAUUCAUCAUCCCAUUUCUGCUUGCAAAAAGAUAUCAAACCUGGCUCAGAUUUUUCUGAUAGGGUUUUACGAGGAAAGAGAGUUCGCUUUGUAUGUUUCUUCCAUUUCUAACGAGCUCAAAAUCCCAGUUCGAUACUUGAAAGAAGAUAAGCCUCAUGGUUCUGCUGGUGCUCUUUAUUACUUUCGCGAUAGAAUCAUGGAAGAAAAACCGUCGCAUGUUUUCCUCCUGAACUGUGAUGUUUGCUGUUCUUUCCCUCUCCAAGACAUUCUCGAUGCACAUCGCCGAUAUAGUGGCAUUGGAACUAUGCUAGUAAUCAAGGUUUCUGCGGAAGCAGCAAGCCAAUUUGGAGAGUUGAUAGCUGAUCCCGAUACUAAAGAACUCUUGCAUUACACAGAGAAACCAGAAACUUUCGUGAGUGACUUGAUCAACUGUGGUGUCUAUGUGUUUACCUCAGAUAUCUUCAAAGCCAUUGAAGGAGUAUACAACCAAAUGAGAGACACGUCUAGCAACUACAGCCACUUCCAGUAUGCUACAAGGUCUGUUCCUGCAGAUUUUGUGAGGUUAGAUCAAGAUAUAUUGUCACCACUUGCUGGAAAGAAGCAACUAUACACAUAUGAGAAUAAAGAUUUUUGGGAACAGAUCAAGACUCCAGGGAAGUCUUUGAAAUGCUCGGACUUGUAUCUCUCUCAGUUCCGCGAAACAUCUCCUCAUCUUUUGGCUUCGGGAGAUGGUACUACUAAUAAGAAACCGAUGAUAGUUGGUGAUGUUUAUAUUCACCCAUCCGUGAAACUACAUCCAACCGCUAAGAUUGGUCCAAACGUGUCAAUCUCAGCAAACGUUCGUGUUGGACCUGGUGUAAGGCUUAUAAACUGCAUAAUCUUGGACGAUGUUGAAAUCAAGGACAAUGCUUUUGUUAUAAACUCGAUCAUUGGUUGGAAAUCUUCUAUAGGAAGAUGGUCAAGGGUUCAAGCUAGUGGAGAUGACAAUGAGAGGCUUGGGGUUACCAUUCUUGGUGAGGCUGUGACAGUAGAAGAUGAAGUUGCAGUCAUAGGAAGCAUUGUUCUUCAGAAUAAGACUCUCAAUGCCAGUGUUCAAGACGAUAUAAUCUUAUGAAUCAUUAGAGGAUGCAUGAUUUACUGAUUUUUUUUUUUUAUAAUGCAAACAUAAGAAGAGUUACACAAUUGAGAGCUACUUUGCAUUGAGCUCACUUUUUUUAGAAA